GCAUACGCGAAGAAUCCUGUGUUCAGCACAACACCGAUUCGACCUUUGCUCCAAAAUUUAAAUAUGGCGACAACCAUGGAGAUCGACGACGAUGAGUGUGAUUUGCCAACCUCUAGCAGCGGAAAAGGCGAGAAGAAGCGUUUCGAAGUCAAGAAGUGGAAUGCAGUAGCAUUAUGGGCUUGGGAUAUCGUUGUGGAUAACUGUGCUAUAUGUCGCAAUCACAUUAUGGAUCUCUGCAUUGAGUGCCAAGCAAACCAAGCAUCUGCCACAAGCGAGGAGUGCACAGUGGCCUGGGGUGUAUGCAAUCACGCUUUUCAUUUCCAUUGCAUUUCACGUUGGUUGAAAACACGGCAAGUCUGUCCACUUGACAAUCGUGAGUGGGAAUUUCAGAAAUAUGGUCAUUAAUCAGAUGUAUUCAGAUGUGCAAAGCCAGCUUUUUCAGCAAGUCAGAUUAAAUAUAAUUUGUAAUUGUAUACUAUAGAAAAUUAUUUUUUCACAUGGACGAAUGUAAUAAAACAAAAAAAACGAAAGAAACACAAAAGAACAUAUGCACAGUCAAAUUUAUCACUUUUUUUAUCAUUAGGCAAAAAUUUAAUUGAUAGCAAAUAUAUAAUUAAUUUCAAAGUUCAUCGUAUUUAAUUUCUAAUAUAUAUUAUAUAAUUUAUUAUAAUAAUAAGAUUAUAAUAAUAAAUAAACACUAUAAAAUA